GCCGGACCUGCCGGAGAUGUUGCUUUCACCAAGGGGACUCUGUCGUUGGCUGCGGAGCCCCUCGGGCCCGGUGGUGGAUUCCCUCCUCUGCCGCCGCCGCCUCAGCUGCCCCCUUUGGGCUCCGGCCUGGGCACGGUGGAUGAAGGUGACUCCCUGGAUGGACCAGAAUACGAGGAGGAAGAGGUGGCCAUACCGCUGACCGCACCUCCAACUAACCAGUGGUAUCAUGGAAAACUCGAUAGAACCAUAGCAGAAGAACGUCUCAGGCAGGCAGGGAAAUCUGGAAGCUACCUUAUAAGAGAGAGUGAUCGGAGGCCGGGGUCCUUUGUACUUUCAUUUCUUAGCCAAACAAAUGUUGUCAACCAUUUUAGGAUUAUUGCUAUGUGUGGAGAUUACUACAUUGGUGGAAGGCGUUUUUCUUCACUCUCAGACCUAAUAGGUUAUUACAGUCAUGUUUCUUGUUUACUUAAAGGAGAAAAAUUACUCUAUCCAGUUGCACCACCAGAGCCAGUAGAAGAUAGAAGGCGUGUUCGAGCCAUUCUACCCUACACAAAAGUACCAGACACUGAUGAAAUAAGUUUCUUAAAAGGAGAUAUGUUCAUUGUUCACAAUGAAUUAGAAGAUGGAUGGAUGUGGGUUACAAAUCUAAGAACAGAUGAGCAAGGCCUUAUUGUUGAAGACCUCGUAGAAGAGGUGGGCCGGGAAGAAGAUCCACACGAAGGCAAAAUAUGGUUCCAUGGGAAGAUUUCCAAACAAGAAGCUUAUAAUUUAUUAAUGACAGUUGGCCAAGUCUGCAGCUUUCUUGUGAGGCCUUCAGAUAAUACUCCUGGUGAUUAUUCCUUGUAUUUUCGGACCAAUGAAAAUAUUCAGCGGUUUAAAAUUUGCCCAACACCUAACAACCAGUUUAUGAUGGGAGGCCGAUACUAUAACAGUAUUGGGGACAUCAUAGAUCACUAUCGGAAAGAACAGAUUGUUGAAGGCUAUUAUCUUAAGGAACCUGUACCAAUGCAGGAUCAAGAACAAGUACUCAAUGAUACUGUGGAUGGCAAGGAAAUCUAUAAUACAAUUCGUCGUAAAACAAAGGAUGCCUUUUAUAAAAACAUAGUUAAGAAAGGUUACCUGCUGAAGAAGGGCAAAGGAAAACGCUGGAAAAAUUUGUAUUUUAUCUUAGAGGGCAGUGAUGCCCAACUUAUUUAUUUUGAAAGUGAAAAACGAGCUACAAAACCAAAAGGGUUAAUAGAUCUCAGUGUAUGUUCUGUCUACGUUGUCCAUGAUAGUCUCUUUGGCAGGCCAAACUGUUUUCAGAUAGUAGUUCAGCACUUUAGUGAAGAACAUUACAUCUUUUACUUUGCAGGAGAAACUCCAGAACAAGCAGAGGAUUGGAUGAAAGGUCUGCAAGCAUUUUGCAGUUUACGAAAAAGUAGCCCAGGGACAUCUAGUAAACGCCUUCGUCAGGUCAGCAGCCUUGUUUUACAUAUUGAAGAAGCCCACAAACUCCCAGUAAAACACUUUACUAAUCCAUACUGUAACAUCUACCUGAAUAGCGUCCAAGUAGCGAAAACUCAUGCAAGGGAGGGGCAAAACCCAGUAUGGUCAGAGGAGUUUGUCUUUGAUGAUCUUCCUCCUGACAUCAAUAGAUUUGAAAUCACGCUUAGUAAUAAAACAAAGAAAAGCAAAGAUCCAGAUAUCUUAUUUAUGCGUUGCCAGUUGAGCAGGUUACAGAAAGGACAUGCCACAGAUGAAUGGUUUCUGCUCAGCUCCCAUAUACCAUUAAAAGGUAUUGAACCAGGAUCCCUGCGUGUUCGAGCACGAUACUCUAUGGAAAAAAUCAUGCCAGAAGAAGAGUACAGUGAAUUUAAAGAGCUCAUACUACAAAAGGAACUUCAUGUAGUCUAUGCUUUAUCACAUGUAUGUGGACAAGACCGAACACUACUGGCCAGCAUCCUACUGAAGAUUUUUCUUCAUGAAAAGCUUGAAUCAUUGUUGUUAUGCACACUAAAUGACAGAGAGAUAAGUAUGGAAGAUGAAGCCACUACUCUAUUUCGAGCUACAACACUUGCUAGUACCUUGAUGGAGCAGUAUAUGAAAGCCACUGCCACACAAUUUGUUCAUCAUGCUUUGAAAGACUCAAUUUUAAAGAUAAUGGAAAGCAAGCAAUCAUGUGAGUUAAGUCCAUCAAAGUUAGAGAAGAAUGAAGAUGUGAACACUAAUUUAGCACACCUAUUAAACAUACUUUCAGAGCUUGUGGAGAAAAUAUUCAUGGCUUCAGAAAUACUCCCACCGACACUGAGAUAUAUUUAUGGGUGUUUACAGAAAUCUGUUCAGCGUAAAUGGCCUACAAAUAACACCAUGAGAACAAGAGUUGUUAGUGGUUUUGUUUUUCUUCGGCUUAUCUGUCCUGCUAUCCUGAGUCCACGGAUGUUUAAUAUAAUUUCAGAUUCCCCGUCUCCUAUUGCUGCAAGAACACUGACAUUAGUGGCUAAGUCUGUGCAAAAUUUAGCAAAUCUUGUGGAAUUUGGAGCCAAGGAACCGUAUAUGGAAGGUGUCAAUCCAUUCAUCAAAAGCAAUAAACAUCGCAUGAUCAUGUUUUUAGAUGAACUUGGGAAUGUACCUGAACUUCCGGACACUACAGAACAUUCUAGAACUGACUUGUCUCGUGACUUAGCAGCCCUGCAUGAGAUCUGUGUAGCUCAUUCAGAUGAACUGAGAACACUCAGUAAUGAGCGCGGUGCACAGCAGCAUGUACUGAAAAAGCUUUUGGCUAUAACUGAACUGCUUCAACAAAAACAAAACCAGUAUACAAAAACCAAUGAUGUCAGGUAGCAGCCUGGUGUUCUGCAUGGAUUCAGCACAUCCAACAUGGUAAUUCACAUCACUAUGUCUCCUUUGCUCUUGCCAAAAAAAAAAAAGAAAAGAAAAGAAAAAGAAAAAGAAAAAAGAAGAGAGAGAAAGUAGCACACCUUUCCACAUUCCAGUGAUGUGUGAGCUAUGCAAACAAAAAACCAAGAUUCUGCUGGCAAGUAACUGCCAGCGCCUUUGUAAGCUAUCUGUGCAGAAUAUUUGCACUUUUUCCACAUGGAAUCUUUACCAAACUCUGAGCCUUGGUGUACAGAUCAACUUUCACAAAAGAAAAAAAAAAGCUAUGUCUUGAACUUUGAAAAUAUAUUUUCAGUAUAUCCAAUUGCCAAAGUUUUACUGUCUCUUGGAAAACGAACUAUGAAAUCAACUGACAAGAAAAACACAUCCUAUUGACAACAGAAUUUAACUGGAUUGCAGACUGUUCUUACUGUAAUUUUGUCCUUCUUACGAUUAUGACCAUUUGACUGUUCACUGAAUUUAUUUGUAUUUACAGUUUCCAGAGUUUGACAUUGUAAUAGGAACAAUCUUGCUGUAUACUUUCUAAAAAUACUGUGCUAUUCUUCCUGGAACUGUAGAAGACAAUAUAUAGAAUGGAUGAAUCUAUGCUCAUCAGCUUUAUUUUUUAAACAUACCACUUAUUUUGUUGGAAUUGUCAAAAACUGUAUUUAGAUCUCAUGGUUUUGUUAAAAUGUUUACAAAAGUAAAUAGUUUAAAUUCAAUAAAUAUUAUUGGUCAUUGUACCAAUCAAUGCAUGUUA